AUGAGACGAGAAUACGAAUUCAGCGUUUACCGGGGGACCUUCAUCCAGCUUGGUCGGCUGCCCCAGUCAGACCUGGUUCCAUCACCAGCCAAACCAGAGCUGCAGCGCACUCAGGGUAUCCUAUGGGUGUCCGCCGAGAGCGGUAGAAUCAAGGGAUAUGAUUGGAAAAUCCACGAUGAUGAAGCAUUUACUGGGUUCAUGAGCAAAAAUGGCUGGGUUGAUGUUGAUGGAAAGACGAAUGGCAACCUAGGCGGCGCGACCAAGGUGAAGAUUGUCGAGGCACGCGAAGAUAAGAACGAAUUCUUCUUCCCUGGAUUUAUUGAUACUCACAUCCAUGCGCCUCAAUACCCAAAUGCAGGCCUGUUCGGGUCUUCAACUCUGCUGGACUGGCUAGAGACCUAUACAUUUCCAGUGGAAUCAGGUUUUGGCACACAAUCAACCGUCAAAGGCCAAAGCCAGGCACAGAAGCCAGAAGAAGCACCGGAAAAGGCACUACACAUCUACGACCAGGUCGUUUCACGCACGCUCGCUCACGGCACAACCUGCGCUUCAUAUUUCGCGACAAUCCACGUUCCAGCAACUAAUGCCCUGGCAGCAAUUUGCCAAACACGAGGCCAGCGAGCCUUCAUCGGCCGAGUGUGCAUGGAUGAGCCAGCCUUCUGCCCUGAGUACUACAAAGAUCUUUCCGCCGAGGAUUCUCUAUCCGCGACAAAGGAUACAAUUCACUAUAUUCACACUCUGGACCCAAAGGGCACUCUAGUAAAACCCAUCGUCACGCCUCGUUUCGCACCAACAUGCUCUCGGCCUUCUCUCACUGCGCUCGGUCAAUUGGCAGCUAGCUACAACCCUCCACUGCACAUCCAGACACACAUCGCAGAGAACAAGAACGAAGUGGCACUGGUGAAAGACCUCUUCCCCGAAGCGGAGAGCUACGCUGCAGUUUACGAUCAGCACAAUCUGCUGACACCACGAACCAUCCUCGCGCACGCGGUCCACCUUUCAAAGGAAGAGCGAACACUCGUCAAAGCGCGCGAUGCGAAGAUCUCCCACUGUCCUGCCUCGAACUCAGCCCUCGGCUCUGGAAUUGCCCCAGUGCGAGACUAUCUGAACGAGGGCAUCACCGUUGGUUUGGGAACGGACGUCAGCGGUGGCUACAGUCCUUCCAUCCUCGAAGCUGCUAGACAAGCUUGCCUUUCAUCGCGACUACUCGGCCACACGAAAGACUUUGUCGAUUAUCAUUCCCAUGACGGCUGUGAGAGCAAAUCUGUCGGAUUGGAAAAGCUCUCCGUUGCCGAGAGUUUGUACUUGGCUACCCGUGGCGGAGCCGCUGUCGUCAAUAUGGAAGACGAUAUCGGUGGUUUUGAGAUCGGGAUGAUCAUGGAUGCGCAGUUGAUCCAGUUAGGCUCUGUGAGGAUGAAUGGCGUAUCUCCGCUAUCCGCUACUGCAAAUAUGAAUGGGGGACCUUGUACCAGUCUGAUUCAGUCGGGACCUGUUGGUAAUGUGGAUAUAUUUGGAACGGAGUCUUGGGAGGAGAAGAUUCAGAAGUGGGUUUGGAGUGGAGAUGAUCGGAAUGUUAAGGCUGUUUGGGUUGGGGGCAGGAUGGUUCAUUGGAGAGUUUAG